AGACACCUGGCUAGCCAGCUGGAACAUAACGGCCAACAUUAGAUUAGCUAUAGUUACAAAAAACUGCAGGUUUCCAUUCAGACAGACUGUAAGCAGCCACUGGAGGGACAUUCAUCAGAAGUGAGCGAUUAGAGAUGGAAGGAGAUGAGUGCAGUUUUCCUCCAGAUUCAUCUGAUGAUCUCUCACAAAGAGGAAGUGUUGCCUCCUCUGCAACCCUCUCACGUGCUCAAGAUGUGCUCAUAUACCUGUUUGGUGAAACCGCAGUACACCUGACUGUAGAAGGGCUUGGCAGUGUAACUGUGCAGGAGUUGGGCCGCAUUGUUCGUGAGACUAUCCAUAUUCCCGAGUCUGCACAGGAUGUUUUUGCCUUCUGGUUGACUUCUCCACUGCUCGAGCUACAGUUAAAAGCAAGGCACCAACCAUACAAACUGUGCCGGCAGUGGCAGGACUUGCUGUAUCGCUUCACUGAGGCCUCAGAGGAAGACAUUUCACAAGAUGAACCAUGUCUCCAGUACCGUCGGAAUGUGUUUUACCCCAAAUCUAAAGAGCUGCAGAUAGAAGAUGACGGAGUGCUGAGACUUCUGUACGAGGAGGCCAGGAACAACAUCCUGACAGCUCGAUACCCUUGCGAUCCCGAGCACUGGACAAGUCUCGGAGCCUUGUGUCUUGCUCUUGACGAGGGUACCGGUCUCGACAGUGAAAAAUUAACCGCGACUAUAAAAGAGAAGAAGCUGUCUUCUUUUCUGCCUGCACAUGUUGCCAUGGGGAGUGGAGGUCUGUUCUCCACCCUGAGAGGAAAGUCGAGCCGUCAGGCAGGACUGGAGCAGAAUCUCCUGGAGGAGUACAGAAAGAUCAGCACAUCUGCCGGAGAGACCACACAGCUCCUACACCAGUACCUCAACACAUGUCACACUCUGCCUUAUUACGGGUGUGGUUUCUUCUUUGGGGAGAUCGACAAACCAGUGCAAGGACUCCUCCACAGGGUAAAACGCAAAGCUGUCAGUGUUGGCAUCUGUCUGGAGGGAGUUUAUGUGAUGGAUGUCAAAGAGAAGCACGUGCUGCUCGGCCUGCGUUUCAGCGAGCUUUCCUGGGACCACAGCUACCCCGAGGAGGAGGGCGACUCUCACAUUCUGUGGCUGGAGUUUGACGGAGAGGAGGACGGCACCCCUGUCAACAAGUUGCUAAAAAUCUACUCAAAACAAGCCGAGCUGAUGAGCGGCUUCAUUGAGUUUUGUGUGGAGCUGAAGUCUGCGUCCGAGGGAGGAGCUUCAGCUGAAUCGGACAGAGAGGCCAGUCUAUCUCAAGAGCCCGGCGGCCAAGGCGGCAGCAACAAAAACGGACGCGGAGGACGGCGCGGGAUGCUGCGCAGGCAAAGCAGCGUCGUUUGCAGUCGGGUCCAUUCACUCAACACUAUCAGCUAUGUGGACAACGGAAAAGAGAUCAAACGCUUGAAGCCGAAAAGAGCCGCGUCCUUCUUCAACCGACAGGCAACAGCACCCUCGUACUCUGCCGUGCAGGUGACAGAGAGUCUGGAGCAGGGUUAAACUCACUGAUCAGCUCUGCCCAGCACUUCUCACAGACCAAACCUGAACAUUUUACACUGAGAUUUAAAAGAAAAGACUUUACACAAGCUUGAGACAUUUUAACUGAAAAUAUAUGAACAUGCAAAAGGACCAAGCGAGGGAUCUAAGUGUGACAAUAUUUAUCUUUUUGAAGUUGUGUAUAUUUAGAGCAAUGUGAAAAACAAAGUGAUCUAUGCUUCCAAGGUUAAACUGAAGUGAAAAAAAUAGCAUCAUAUGAUGAACCUCUGCAGGCAAAUGUUUACAGAAGCCUGAAUCUGUCUGAGACAAGCCUUAGAGAAAUCCUCAGACUUUGACUUCAAACGAUGACUGUAUAUCUCAUGACCUUUUCUGACUUUUCUGCGGCCCUCUCGAGCUGCGUUUAAUGCCAUUAUCACUCAAAAAAGUUCAACCUCGUCUGAGUGUAACCACUGCAUUACCUCUAUUUACUUUAUACAUAACUCUGAGUGGGGGAGGAACAUCAAGAACGUUGCAAUACAACCUCGUAUAGUAUAAAAAGUGUUCUAACUAUAACAACUCCUCCUCCACAAGACAGUCAGCAUGACAAACACUUUCAGGGGACGAUCUAAAAGCGGGUUCCCACUAUUCUGCUUUUUGUCAAACUGCCAGUGCCUUGUACUCAUGACAGUCAACAGGGUCACUGAAGCCACUUUAGACAUGUACUGGUAGAAACGUUUACUGGUCUGGUGUCAACGAUCAGAAAGAGUCCGUAUGGGAGCACACCGGCUCUGUUGUGGAAGUUUCUUGUAAGUACAUGUAUUUAAUAUUUGUUGGCAUUUGCAGUUGGUUCUGGGAAGAAUUUUUCCAAUGAUUUUAUUUGUAAAAGCAGAACAGAAAAUAGUCUAAACAUGUAAAAUAAGUGGAUAAAACAAACAUACAGCAUCCAAUAGAAAAUGACUUAUUCACAAUAUUAAAUCCUCACUGGGGUGCAGAAAUGGAACCGUCGCCAAUAAAAGAAUCAAAUUGGAGGCAAAGAUGACCUAAAGCAUAUAAUAAGUCACUAAAAAGAAAUUAAAAAAUAAUGUAUCUAAUAUAUUAUCUUGUCCUAAACAACUGAAAGUACAGUACUGGGCUGUUGUUCCUGUCACUGUAUUUUUUUUUAAAGUUAUUGCCCAACCAGUUGUGCACAAGUUAACCUCAAAUCGGCACUAUGAGUACUUGUGACAUUCAAGCGCAGGUCUUGACUUGACUAUCACUUGCUCAGUCAGGCCUGGUUAACAAAAACUAAUAUAACAAUGUCUGUGUGCAACUUGUGAUAUGUCAAAUGCUAAAAAGAAAAACUUCCUGUUUCCAUUAUCAGCUCUACUUAAACCUGUUGAGUCAUGACAGCUUUUAAAAACUGCAACCUGCACGUCUAAUGAUAACGACAAGUUGUUUUCCUCGCAAACACAAUCACGUUAAUUGAUAGCAGACCGGAGGAACACAAUCUUUGUAUAAAAAUAUUUUCUGUGCCUGCGGCUCAGACCAACCAAUCGACUUUUGAUUUUGCUGUUGAAGUCCCAGUCUGCACACCAAAGCAAGCCUAUAACAUGCUGCAACACAGUAUGCUACCUUAAUGACAGAGUUUUAGUUCUCCACCAACAGCCCUGCAGGUGUCUCUCUGAACUACAGUCUCACGCUGAUACAGGCAGAUUAUACAUUUAACAAACAAGCUCACCUCACUAACAGCCAUCAGAGAAGGAAUACAUCUUGAAAACACUGCCUCCCACUUGAACGCGAGUCCUCAUUAAUAUGUGGAGGCAUCGCGCACUCUUCCAGAUCCUCCUGAGCAUGCAACCUGCAAAAUGUUUUUACUUUUCUACGCUCUGACUUGUGUGUAUGUGUGUCAGCGACCGUACGUAACUUACACUAUGCAUGUCACAUUGUAGAAUAGGCAUUCCGACACAUCAUGUGAUACUGCACUAUUAAUACUAAUACACUGUUUAUAACUCCUUUACAUCUGCAGAUUUUUUUGUAUUGUUAGCUUUUAUGAGAGAAUAUUUUUAUUUCCAUUUUCAUAUACUUGUGUGUGUUUGUACACGAGAAUGAAGUAAUAGGUCAUUUAAUGCGUUUUCUUCUCAAACAGUCACUUUGCAGAAGCAUAAAGUGCCUUUUUGUUUGUACUAAGUUGUCAUCUGAAAAGUUGUUUUGGUGCUUGGAAACAAGGAAUGAGCAAUUUGUGGUAUUGCUAUGAUUUAAAAAGUUGUGUUUUGUCAUGUGUUGAAAAUAUGGGAAUAUUUUCAACUAGGCAGUGCAUUUCACCUUUUCUUAGCCGAUGUGAGUAUAUUGAUAUACUGAAUAAUGACACUUGGCUGCUGUUGAAUAGUGUGUUAUCUCAGUGCAGUGAUCAGCCAGAUCUGCCUUCAUUAAAUAUAUCUCACAUGCUUUUUUUUUUUUUUGUAAAUAAACAUAUAUUGUGCGCUUGUUUCUCAGAGAAUAUCUCUUAAUAAGCGUUUUUUUAAAAUACAACUGCACUUCAUACAGCCCAGGUGUACUGAAGCCAUGCUCAUUUUUAACUAAUACGUGUGUGAUUUUAUUGACACAAUACGGUUUUUAUAUGUAUACAUUUUGACCUGUUAUUUAGUGAGAUGCAGUAACCCAUUUAUGUAGAGAAAGUCUGGCUCUGAUUAUGUACUGAGAAAAGUUUCAUCUUUUUGUUAAUUUAUAUAAAAUUUACUUAAAAACAGACUUUGUUUUAAAUAAUUUCCUUCAUUAAUCACAAAUACUUAAAGGAGGUGGAGUUUUCUGAUUUAAUAUUCACACAAAAAAACGUACUAUUCAUAAAUGUACCUAUUUCAAAAUAACUGAUAAACAUGCUUUUCAUCACCACAGUAAUAUUCCCAGUCAGCAAAUAACUGAAACUGACAACUGUAGUUUGAUUUUACAAUAAAAGCAACAACUCACUGGCUAGACCCCCUGUGUCAUUUUUAAAUUUGUAUGUACGCUGUGCAGGGUAACACUGUUGAUGUUUAUUUACACACUUUCUUUUUAAUUCCUAAUGUGAAAUUGUUUUACAUGCACCUAAAAACUCCAACUAAGUGGCUACUGGCUGUACCAAACUCUACUGGAAUUGGCAUUUUAUUCUCUUUACAUAAUUGCUAAUAAUUUUCAAAUUCCAGUGUUACAAUAUUGUCCAUGAUGCAAUUUGUUGACUUUGUCAGAUUUUGAAUCUUCGACCAAUAAAAUGA